UCAGUGAUGGGCCAUCGUGGAGGCACAAAACGGAAGCCAUGUGAAUCACAGAGUCACCUGACUCAGAACAGACUUCUCAUCAGCGAAACAAGAAACCCUCGCGCUCGGCCAUGGAAAUGUCUGGGUUCAUCACCGCGGCUGAGCUGAGCCCUCCUGACUCAGACAGUAGGUACAGGUCCAGGGAAAAGGCCACUACAUACGCCCGGGAAAUGUGAGGCCCAUGCUGGACUGUCUGCCUUUAGCAGGAUCGGAAGCUGGUGCUCUCAGACGACGCAAGGGCGCGGAGAAGAGGGAUUCUCUACCUGCUGCUCUGACUUUCCCCACCAACAACGACCGUGUUUGGCCUUGAUGGUUACCUGGAAUGGCUUACCUGGAUGGUUACCGUGCUGGGGCGACACCUGAUGCGAUGUAGGCUGAACGCAACUAGGGAAGGCAGUUCUCGGCUGUUCCCUGCGAGCCCGUGGACGCCACUCGAGAUGUCCCCUUUUGGUGGCUGGGGACUGCUCUCGGCCUUUCUCGCCCUGCUCUGCUGCACAGGGUCUGGCGAGGAGGCGUUCGAGGUACGCAUGUGGCCAGAGCAGCUGAUGGUGGAGUCCGGGGAGUCUCAGGUGAUUAACUGUAGUACCACCUGUACGCAGCCCAACGCCGGUGGUCUGGAGACCACCCUACACAAGACUCUCCUGGAGGAACAGGCUCAGUGGAAGCUGUAUGAGGUCUUCAACAUCUCCCAGGACACAGAUGUCAUUUGCCAUUUCACCUGCUCCGGGAAGCAGGAGUCCAGGAGUCUGAACGUCAGCGUGUUCUACCCUCCAAAGCAAGUGCUGCUGAAGUUAUGGCCCACUUUAGUGGCUGUAGGGAAAUCGUUCACCAUCCAGUGCAGAGUGCCCUCUGUCGCACCCCUCGAAGGUCUCACUGUCACCCUGCUCCGUGGCAGUGAGAUCGUAUACAACCAGACCUUUGUGGGGACAACACUUUCCCCCCAAGAGGCCAUGGUCACCCACAACACCACGGCUCACAGGGAAGACGACCGCCACAACUUCUCCUGCCGGGCCGAGAUGGACCUGCGCUCUCGCGGCGGGGACCUCGUUCACAGCGUCUCAGAUCCCCAGGCGCUCGACGUCUAUGAGCCUGCACAGGACAGCCAGACGGUCAUCAUCAUCACGGUCGUGUCAGUGCUGCUCUUCUUGUUUGUGACAUCUGUCCUGCUGUGCUUUGUCUUUGGCCAGCAGUGGCACCAGAGGCGGACAGGUACCUACGGGGUGCAAGCUGCUUGGAGGAGGCUGAGGUGGGCCUACCGGGCAUAGCCUACGUG